AUGCAGACGGACCACGACCACGACCACGACCACGACCAAGAGCGAGACCAAACCACCAUCACCACGACGCCCCAGACAGAAGCACAAAGCAGCAGUACAAUGUCCAGCGCAAUCCUCAUCGGCUGCGGCAUCGCAGGCGCCGCCACCCUCCUCUGGCCGCUCCAACAAACAGCCCUCGCCGGCCGCAUCGGACUCCAAGCCUUCAAGAGAUACAAAGCCACCUCCGGCGCCGGCGUGGCGGGCGCCUUCGGAAAGGCGUUCUACAAGGGCGGCUUUGAGCCGAAAAUGAACCGGCGCGAGGCCAUCUUGAUUUUGCAGCUUGCUGAGCGGAACAUGACGAAGCAGAAUAUCCGCAAGCGGCAUCGCGAGAUGAUGUUGCUGAACCAUCCGGACCGUGGGGGGAGCCCGUAUUUGGCGGGGAAGGUUAAUGAGGCGAAGGAGUUCUUGGAGAAGCAUGGUUAG